CUCCAGACACUGUAUCACUGCAGGCAAGUAUCUUCCUGGGUGCUGAAGCUAAACUAGAAGAAUGAAAGCGACUUCAGUGUUAGCCGUGCUGCUGUCCUGCGUGACCAUUUGUGCUGCCGCAAAGGGAGAAAAAAGCUGCUCUUCUGAUGGGGUCACACAGCUGCCUUGUUCAUCACAAGUUACAGCUCUGUUAGCGUGCAGCCUGACAGGUCAGUGGAAGAAUGAUCUGGGCUCUAAUAUGACCAUAUCUGCAAUCUCAGAUGAAGGAGAAUUUUCAGGGGCUUAUCUAACAUCCGUAUCAGCUACUAAUAAAACCAUUUUGACAUCACCUGUAAUCGGAUAUCAGCAACUAAAUGGUUCUCCAACAUUCGGCUUCAUCGUCAAGUGGUCAUUUACAAGCUCUAUCUCUGUGUUCGCAGGUCAGUGUUUCAUCAAUAAAACCGGCCAGCCCACUCUGCAAACCACGUGGCUGCUGAGAUCAGAGAGUGGGGAUAUUAAAGAUAACUGGUCGCAAACAAGGGUUGGUUGUGAUAUUUUUUAUAAAUUGCCAUCUAAACUUAACUGACAGCACACCGUCCUUGAUAUCUGGAAAACUUGAAUUGAAAACUUUGGAAUUUACUACAAUUGAGGAGAUUAAUAGGAUAAAUAACGUUGUGCUACUUUAAAAUACCAAUAAAGCAUUUGUGCUUCAAA